AUGAGUCGAUUGGCGAUGAAUGGAGCAGCUAUUCGCGUGUUACGUGGCUUAGGAAACCCGUUGCCGCGAGCUGGAGGUCCAAUGAGACCUAUGUUAUUUGGUGAUCUCAGACAAGUGCAUAACACCGCUAAAAAACAUCACACUUCGUUAAUGACGUCCGAUGUAAAGCAUUCUACGUUCCAUAAAAUGUCUUUGAACGCACUGAAGAGUGAGUGUCGGGUUCGCGGUCUCAAAGUGUCCGGGAGGAAAGCAGAGCUCGUGGAUAGGAUAACAUCUUUCGAGGGUAAGGCUAAGCCCGUUCAAAAGAGGCACAUUAAUACCAAACAACCAUCAAAAGUAGAUUCGAAGCCGAAAGAGACGGUAUCCAAACAAUUGUUCGAUAUAACAACCGAUGUUAGGACUACUAUUCCACGGUCUGUUUUUACCAUGAAAACACCUUCACUUAAGGAGCAGGCUCCUAGACUAGGUGGUAAUACGCUGAAAUCCGAGAAUGUCACGAAUACAAAGACAACGGAUCAAACGGUUCUCGGCGACACCAUCUUUGUUGAAGAGAAAUUAACUUUGAAAGAUAAGCUCUUCCUAUUGGGAUUUGGGACAAUAACAGCACUUUGGUGGGGAAGCGAGAGUGGAGAGCAGGUUUAA